UUUGCUUUGGCAUUUUCUUUCCGGGAGAUUCCCGAGGUUAUCACCGGAUAAAACCAUCACCUAGAUACAAUUUCUGCAAGUUGAUUUUCAGUUUCGCGUGGCCGACGACCAACUCCGAAAGACUCACUACAUUGGAAAAAGAAAAGUGUACCUAGACGAAGCUUCUGAUACCUCUUUUUUUCUUUCCGGAGAAAGCAGAGCUGCUGCUCUAAUGGCGGCUUCUUGAUAUAGGUUGACACGUGGCACUAAAGUGAGGAUCCAUGAGUACAGCGUUCCCGACUGCUUUAGAAUGGAAGUUCUCCCAGGUCUUCGGUGAACGGACACCAGGAGAGGAUGUUCAAGACGUUGAUAUUGUCUCAACAGUUGAGUUUGAGAAGAGAGGUGAUUUUCUUGCCACCGGAGAUCGAGGCGGCCGUAUAGUCAUUUUUGAAAGGACGGAUGGGAAAGAUUGCCAUUCUCGAAAAGAGUUGGAGAUCUUGGAUUAUAGACCCCAAGGACAUCCUGAAUAUCGCUACAAGACCGAAUUCCAGAGCCAUGAGCCAGAGUUUGAUUACGUGAGGAGUGUGGAAAUUGAGGAAAGGAUCAACAGAGUAAGAUGGUGUGCAACACCAAAUGAUUCACUGUUUAUUCUCUCCACAAAUGAUAAGGCAAUUAAACUAUGGAAGGUUAAGGACCACAAAGUGAAGAAAGUCAAACAAAUGGAACUGAAUCCAUUUGUAUGUUCAGAAAAUUCACUGCUGUCUGAAAAGAGUUUUCUUAUUGGGAAACAUGAACCUUCUUUUAUUAAUGGUUAUCAUCUGGAGUGGAAAAAUGAAAUGCCAAGUAAUGUAUUCCCAUCUUCCCAUGAAGAGUUUGCCAAGAUAGCCAACAAUAAAGAGGCUACUCUUGCAAGAUGUCGGAAGAUCUAUGCUCAUGCUCAUGAUUUUAAUAUUAACUCUAUCUCAAACAAUAGUGAUGGUGAGAUAUUUGUUUCUGCUGAUGACCUAAGGAUAAACUUGUGGAACUUGGAGGUCAGUAAUCAGUGUUUCAAUAUCAUUGACAUGAAACCAUCAAACAUGGAGGAUCUAACAGAGGUGAUAACAUCAGCUGAGUUUCAUCCAGUUUACUGUAACCUCCUAGCAUACAGCAGUUCAAGAGGUUUUAUCCGGUUGAUUGACAUGCGACAAUCUGCAUUGUGUGAUCACCAUGCUAGGAUAUUCCAAGAUCGUGAAGUCCAUGGACCUAAAUCCUUUUUUACAGAGAUAAUUGCUUCUAUCUCUGAUAUAAAGUUUGCAAGUGAUGGAAGGCACAUCUUGAGUCGUGACUACAUGAACCUGAAGCUAUGGGACUUACACAUGGAAGGCUCUCCUGUUGCAACUUUUAAGAUUCACGAGUACCUCCGCCCUAAGUUAUCUGAUUUAUAUAAUAACGAUUCAAUUUUUGACAAAUUUGACUGCUGCCUCAGUGGCGAUGGGCUUCAUUUUGCUACUGGAUCAUAUAGCAAUGCUUUUCGAGUUUUUUCUAAUGGGGAUGGAAGCGAAGAAGGAACAACUCUGGAAGCUAGCAAAAAUCCAAACAGGAAGCAGUAUCACCAAACUACUAGAACUAGACGGACAUCACUGAGCAACCUCACACGUGGCUAUCAUAGACAAGGACAUGAGAAGUCCAGUAUUGAUAGUCAUGGACUCCCUGACCUGACCUCCAAACUGCUACAUCUGGCCUGGCAUCCAACGGCAAACUUAAUUGCUUGCGCUGCUGCAAAUAGCCUGUAUAUGUACUAUGCGUAGCUCAUUUGUAUAAUUUGUAUAAAUGCACUGCACAUAGUUCUUCAAUACCUUCAUGUCAGUGCCUAAAAGAGACCUGAGAUAAACUAUAAAUGAAGAGGGUCUUGUUAUGGCUUA